AUGGCACAGCUUAUAGCACUGCCAGUAGAGCUUAAACAGCUCAUUCUCCGAAGCUGCGAUACGCCGACCUAUUUGCAGCUGGCCUUCAGCUGCUGGAAUUUGUUACUGAUCGCAUCACACACUCGUGUACUCGUGAUUCACCACCUGAAUGAAACUCCCGGAGGGCCUGAGGACUUUGACUCGAUCUCUACUACGGGAUUGUUUCGACUGUUGCUUCAGCGUUCGUAUCGCGAGUUAUACGGCGCUGAGCAUUAUUUUGAACGGAAACUCGUCAAUCUCCAAGGCAAGGUGAUGAAUAGUCGCGCAUGUUCGUUGCGAUCGAGGGGAGAACCCGGUAGAGCUCUGUUGUCUUUUCAGAACGAUGAAUCAGUCUAUCUUGUUAAGAUGGACAACCGGGAUCUGACGCUUCAACAGCGAAUCAAGUUGCCUGCCAUCAGCACUGGGACUGCUGAAGUCUUGUUUGCUGCCGAGGACACCAGCGACCACAAUGGGGUUCACAUAUUACACAUUGUCAAGCCACUCAUUGAUGAAGAGCCCUACAAUGGCCACCCCUUUGUCCAACAAGCGCGCAAGGCGAAUUCCAACGGCACAGUUUACCUCGCGUUUUACCCCCAUGCCUUGUCCGGAGUCGGCAUGAGCAUCUGCAGUUUUCGCGAACAGAUCGAUUACGAGCCAAUUGCCUUUGCAACUUGUCGUGAUGUGUUUGCCAUAUCCUGGCACCACCGUCAGCACCCUGAGGACUACCAAGUUGUCCUCUACACUGUACCGCUAUGGGCUGAUCCCAAGGUUGAACACGGGGACGGUGAUUGGGAUGAACCAAAGGAGGCUAACCUAGUCGAACCUUGCCAGGAUGAUACGUCUCCAUUAAUUGGUAAGCCUGCGAUUCUGCUUCAUUUCAAAAAAGCUCAUCCGCUCUACGGAUCGUUCCAAAAGCUCCACGACAUCAGCCGACCCCGCAUAGAUGGACAGGGCUUGUUCUCAAGUCCAAAUGGGCAACCAAGACUCCACGACAAUGCCUGUCAUGUCGCAUUUUCGGACGAGUUGGCUCUUGAGUUUGCCAUCGACAUUCCCUUCUUCUCUACGCACCAAGCUGGUGAUCGUUCAUCUGGAGAACCUUGCCACUGGCAGUAUCUAUCGAUAGGCAUUGCCACUCACCGGGUGGAAAACUGGACAGUUGCGUGCCUGUUGAAGUCUGAGUCUUUCCCCUCAGCUUUCCGCUGCGACCACCAGCCAAACCUCGACCGAGGACGACGCUUUGAUCAGUGGCAGAUCGUGGCGCGAAUGGACGGAUAUCGCGAAUCGACCACCUCCAAUGGACCCUUGAUUGCCACCUCUCGUCUUGGGACUCGCAUUGUCGUUGCGACCUGGAAAACGAUUUAUAUUUGGCCAGUAGAGCCACAUGCGUUGGUCAAUGGUGACCCUAAUGAGUUUUAUCCCGCUUCGUGGAGCUCGACAGAAGACAUGCUGGUGCUGCGACCUGUUGUGAUCGAAAUGGAUGCCGUUUGCUCGCAAGUAGACUUCACAGACAACGAAGACGAGAUGGUUGCUCUGACUGAUCGAGGACUGAUGUUGCUGGAUUUCAGACCAGAUGGCAAAGGAGGACUGGUUACCGAGAACUGGAAUGAUAUUUUGAACCGAAGCCAUUGA